CUGCGUUGAUCGUAGAAGAAGAAGAAGAACCCGGAAGUGAGCGAGACUCCGCUCAGUUCGUCGCCAUCUCCGCUUCAAAGUAACUUUUAAUUGUCGUGUUUCUUCUUCUCACUUAGUGGGACAUCUCUUGCAGACAUCCAGCUGCUGCUCAUGGCCAGUGGACAGGAGCCACAGCCCCCUGGCGUGAAAGAGGAGGAGGAGGAGGAGGAGGAGCCACACACCAGCCAGUCGGGUCAAGGCCUGCAGGUAGAUGCCGACAUCAGCACUUUCCCUUUCACUAUCGUGCUGGUCAAGUGUGAGGAUGAGGACGACGCUCCGCCCUCACAUCUUCGUCGCCAUCCAAGUGACGACAACAGGGGGGCGGAGCCUCUCUGUGGUCAGGUGACAACACCAGCAUCUUUACGGGCGGAGCCUGUAAGUGGAGAGGUGACAACGGAAGCAUCCUUAUGGGCGGAGCCCGUAAGUGGUCAGGUGACAACACCAGCAUCUUUAGGGGCGGAGCCUGUGAGUGGUGAGGCGAGAAGAGAGGGACAAAUGGCCGACAUGUGGCAGUCCUCUGAGAGCGAGGACGACGCUGGCAAGGACGGUCACUUCCAGCCGGGUGAGAAGAAGCUGAGCUGCUCGGAAUGUGCCGGGUGCUUUGGCGACAAGAGCAUCCUGAAGCGCCACAUGAAGCGCCACACCGGGGAGAAACCUUUCCCCUGCUCCGUUUGCAGCAAGCGCUUCAGUCGCAGGGACUGCUUGCUCUCCCACAUGAGGUGCCACACCCCGGAGAAACCUUUCAACUGCUCCGUGUGCGGCCAGAUGUUCCGUCACCGGCAGAACCUGCUGUCUCACCUCAGGUGUCACAUCGGGGAGAAACCCUUCAUCUGCGCACUGUGCGGAGGCUCCUUCUCCACCAAAGCGCACUUGAAGAGGCACGCCAGGACGCACACCGGGGAGAAACCUUAUCACUGCUCUGUGUGCGACAAGAGGUUCUCCGCCAAGGGGAACGUCCUGCUGCACAUGAGGACUCACACGGGCGAGAAGCCUUUCUCCUGCACCGUUUGCGGCGGAACAUUUUCUACCAAGACACAUUUGACCAGACACACCAGGACGCACACCGGGGAGAAACCUUUCGCUUGCUCGGUCUGCGGUCAAAGGUUCUCGCUGAAGGAAAACAUGACGACACACCUGAAGAAACACGGCAGGGAGCCUCGCGUUUCUUGCCCGGCCUGCCCACAAACCUUCUCCGACAAGAGAGAAAUGUCGGCGCACAGAAGAAGGCACGCGGCGGAGAAGGCCUUCUCCUGCCCGCUGUGCGCCAAGAGCUUCUCCAGCAAGGGCAACAUGACGGCACACCUCAGGGCGCACAGCGGGGAGAAACCUUUCAUCUGCUCGCUGUGCCACAAACGCUUCUCCAUAAAGGGGGACAUGAUGAGACACCAGAGAACGCACACUGGGGAGAAACCCUUUGGCUGCGCCGCCUGCCACAAGCGGUUCACUCGAAAGUGCCACGUCAGCAAACACAGGUGUGCUGCUGGACAAACAUGAUCUUUGAUAUUGGGAUUCUAUUGAUGUCCUUAAAGUGUCCAGCUGGGCAUUAUCAUGUAUUUACACCUAAUACAGAAGUACUUCUGUGUGUACUUACUCAUGUCCUGUACUACAUGUCUACUACUACAUGGUGCACAGACAGGAAAACAGUUUUCACUCGGCUUAAUGGUUGAUAAACUUUCACUUUUGAGGCGAAUGAAUAUUAUUAUUUGUGUACUACACUAAUAGUAGUAUUUCAUUGUUCAACCAAACCGAGGCGCUCUCCAAAAUGCCUUUAAAAUAUGAGACAUUGCAAGAAAACAUCAGGAAGUAGAAAAUAAUAUAUAUAUAUACUUGGUGUAAUAACAUGCAUUUAAGAUGUAAAC